AUCCAUGAUCCCUGCCAGAUAGCAGAAGACUUACAUCAAGCGAUAAUAGCAUUGGCUCUUGUAUUUUCCAAAUAGGAUUUGUCUAACAGAUGUGUAGAAGUCAUGGCUUACGGCCAUUUUCACCCUUGUCGUUCUCCGAGGGAGGCAUUCCACAGACACCCAGUUCUCUACGGCGCUCGAAUGCACAGCACCAGUUGGACCACAAGGCCAACUUAGACAACACCUAAAGCAACAGUUCGACCAUUUGCUGACAUGCUAUUACGCUUAUUCACCGCCGAUGGAAUCAUGGCCUGAUCGAUUGGCCAAUACAAAGUCACCGAACGCGAACACCGGCCGCGGAUCCGCCAGAGAUACAUAUUCAGCCCUGAGAACUCCGGUCGAGCGAUCGUGACUGAAUCUAGAGAAUCUAGAGUGCAGUACUGGCAUUGCAGCUGGUGUUCUUUAGAGAAUCAACUGAAUCAAACUCAGUGGCAGACACGCUCAAUGUCUUCACUCUUGGUGGAUCUUCCCGCCGUCAUCGGCGUGGAAAAUCCCAAGGAUGUGUUAGUUCCACUCAUUGUGGGAGCGGUCGUGAUCGGGUUGACCAUUUUAGUCCGCGAGAGAAUGAGGGUCAGGGGAUUGCCUGGUCCCCCCCACCAUCUCCUCUUGGGCACUCUUCCUGCAUUUAUGCAUGUGCAGAGCCAGAGCCCCAAGGAUCUUCACCCCCAGGCCCAGAUGACGAUGCUACAACGGCUGUACAAACUAGGUGACAUGUUCACCGUCGACACCUGGCCCCUGAUGGACCAGAUGUACCUGGUGGCCAACCCCAAACUCGCCCACCAGGUCUCGCAGGACAGCAGCCCGUUUCCCAAACACCCGAUGAUCACGCGGUUCCUCAAACCGCUGACUGGCUACAACAGCGUGCUGGCCGCCAACGACGCCAAAUGGAAGGAGUUGCGCAGUCUGUUCGCCCCGGGCUUCUCCAACGCCCAUCUGAUGACCAUGGUGCCGCUGAUGGUCGAAAAGACCGAGGUCUUCUGCGACCUGCUGCGCGAAUACGCCGCCAAGCACGAGCUGUUCUCCAUGGAACCGAUGGCCGCCCGACUGACCAUCGAUAUCAUCGGCAUCGUCGUUCUGGGAGUCGACUUCAAAUCACUGACCCGCCGCGACGAGCUGGUCGAAGCCUUCCGUCACCUCCUGGACCUCCUGCCCAACGGCCAGACCCUCGACAUCAACCCGGUGACCCACUACCUGCGUCGCAAGUACGCCAACACGAUGGACAACUACAUUCGACGUGUGCUGCGCGACCGCGCCGCCAACGGGGCCAAUCAGAAGUUCCGCACGCUGAUGGACAUCGCGAUCGAGCGGUACGAGCAGCUGCCGAACGGGUCGUUAUUCGACUGUGGAUUCGAGCAGCUUGCCGUCGAUAAUCUCAAAACUUUUGUCUUCGCUGGCCACGACACCAGCAGCACCACCCUCAGCAACAUCUACCACCUUCUGAGCAAGCACCCCGAGGUCUUGGCCAAGGUCAUCGAAGAGCACGACCAAGUCCUGGGCAAAGACACCGCAGCGAUCGGCCAGCUCAUCCGCGACCAGCCCUCCAUCAUCAACAAACUACCAUACACGACGGCCGUGAUCCGCGAGACCCUCCGCCUGUACCCCGCCUCCGGUAGUCUCCGCAUGGCGCCGAAAGACACAACCUUCCACCCCGACAAAGCCCCCGCCGUGACCGUGCCCAAGGGCAGCCUGAUCUGGGUGGGGAUCCACACGAUCCACCACGACGCGGAGUUCUUCCCGUGCCCGGACGAGUUCCACCCGGAGCGGUUCAUGACGGCCAAGACGGUCACGCUGGCGGACGGGCGCACCGAGGCCGUGACGGCGGGGUGGAACGGCCACGCGCCGCCCGCGGACGCCUACCGGCCGUUCGAGAAGGGGCCGCGCAUGUGCAUCGGCAGCGAGAUGGCCAUGAUCGAGAUCCGGGUCGUGCUGGCCAUGACGCUGCGGCGGUUCCGGUUCGCGUCCGCCUACGCCGAGUACCGGCGCCGGCACCCGGACGAGGUCGAGGCCGCCGGCGGACGCACCGAGGCGUUCGGCGACGAGGCGUACCAGGUCUUCUCGUCGACGGCGAAGCCCAAGUCCGGGGUGCCGAUGUAUGUGUAUACGAAGGAGUAG